UGCCGGUAACAAAAAACCCUGUAAACUGUAACAUGUUUGAGGUUUGAGGUUCUGACAACAGCUGAGACGUUCGCGUUUUCUAAAUACAUAUAUAAAUUUUAAAAACAAACAGUAGGCUUUGUUAUUUUACAGUACAAUGUCAACGCGAUUCUACCCAAUAUAUCAAAGAGGCAAUCCACAGUUAAGGGUUUUCCUACCGAAUUUCUGGAUGAAACUAAUCGCGCCUACGGAUCAGCAGCCUCCGAACGUUGUGCAGUUUCACUGCUCUAUGCAGAUGACCAAGCACGAUAUAAAGAAUUACCUUGAGAAGAUAUACAAAGUCGACGUAGUCGAAGUGAGGACGAGAAUAGGAAUGGGUAGAAUCAAAAAGGAUCAACUGCGAGGUGCCGUCAUUAAGGAGGAUGACAGGAAAUUAGCCUACGUCGUGCUGCCAAAGGAUCAAUCAUUUGAGUUUCCUAAUUUGUUCAAAGAUGUAAAAGAUGAACUUGACAAAGAAACCAUGGACAUGGCUAAAAAGGACAUGCAGGACUUUCUAGAACCUCACAAAGCGCCCGGAUUGCCUGGCUGGUUUAGGAUAUGAAGUGUACUACAUAUGCUACAGUAUUUAAGGAUUUAUUACAAAUAAAAUGUAUUUAAGUUUA